CAGCUUUCUGGUUUUAAUGUUGGCCAGCAUUACGAAAGUUGAAAUGUACGUGUCUGAAUGCUUGAUUUUUUUGCAGUAAUUAGGUAAAGAGUAGCCUGAGGCGCUAGACGCGUUUGCCGAGGUUGCCACACCGGUUACCUGGAGGCCACGCCAGUAGGUGUCUAGACGGCCGCCCGUCAGCGUUCGCGUGCGGCGAGCUCAGACCAUGCGACUGUGCGGCUUCGUGGAGGCGACUUUGCUGCCCUCAGCUGAGUUCGCGAGUUUUUGGUGAUUGUUUCGGAAAUCGAAAACCAGUAAUGAGCGAUCGCUACAGCUUCAUCCGUGCGACGCGGGAACAGGUGGAGACCAUCAGGAAGAGUCUGGGGACAGACGAAGAGGACAUCAAGAGAGCCAUAACGUCUGUGCGAGACUGGCUCAGGAUGCAGCCGCAUCUGCCCGACGAGAUAGAAGACGCACGCAUCGAGCGGAUGUACAUAAACUGCAAGUGCAGCAUAGAGAGGGUUAAGAAAGGACUGGACGCCUACUUCUCGCUUAAGACCAGGCAUCCAGAGAUGAUGAUGAACCGUGACCCUAGGGGACCCGACGUUGUGAACACCAUGGAACACGUCAAGGUGGUGACGAUGCCUCGCCUCACCGAGUACCUCUACCGGGUGCACAUCUUCGCAGACGCCGACCCGGACCCCGUGUGGGUCUCGUGGCCAAAUUACGGGAAAAUUGUCUCCAUGAACCUCGACAUGAUGUUAUUUAAUGACUACUCGCUCGGAGACAUCGUAAUCGUGGAUCUGAAAAACCUGACUGCUGGACACGCCCUCCGGACCGAUAUCAAUAUCAUACGCGCUAUUGAAUUUGGCUACAAGACUGCCUAUUGCCGGAGUUUGAAAGCACUGCAUUUGAUAAAUGCUGACAAAGUAAUUGAUUUUGCAAUGAAAAUUUUGAGCUCAGUUCUCUCCAAAAAGUUGCAGACGAGGACACACAUCCAUCUGCCAGGGUCAAAGACGCUGUUUGACCACGUGGCAAAGGAAUAUCUGCCGGAUGAACUUGGAGGCACUGCCGGUCCUAUCGACAAACUUGCCUAUGAAUUCAUCAGGAGGGCGGAGGAGAAGAAAGAGUGGUUCGUGGAGCAGGACCGCUACACCUCGGACGAGAGCAAGAGGCCUCCAGACAACCACUAUGCCGACGACAUGUACGGUGUGGCGGGCUCCUUCAAAAAGCUCUCAGUAGACUGACGCCGUCACAGUUCAUUGCGUAGAUUCUGUCACCUGUGGACAGUAAACUGUGGUACACAGGGUGAACCGGGAAUCCACCAACGAAAUUUCAGAAUCUGUUAUAUGAUUAUUUGUGAGUGUUUUGGUGUAACAGACCCAUGGCCUUCGAUGGUUCGUUAGAGAGUAACAUCAUUUCUUUUCAUGUUUUCUUAUUGAGGUCUGCAGUCGCAAACUGGUUUGGUACAGAGCCAAAUGCUAGUCUAUCCUCUGCAGAAACUUCUUCAAAAAAAUGGUUCAAAUGGCUCUGAGCACUAUGGGACUUAACUUCUGAGGUCAUCAGUCCCCUGGAACUUAGAACUACUUAAACCUAACUAACCUAAGGACAUCACACACAUCCAUGCCCGAGGCAGGAUUCGAACCUGCGACCGUAGCGGUCGCGCGGUUCCACACUGCAGCGCCUAGAAACUUCUUCACCUCUCCAUAUGUACAGCACCGGACGUCCAUCUGUGGGUAUCUUAGUUCAACCGAUCCCUUCUUUUAGUCGAAUUGUGCCCUUUCAUCAAUUAUACGACCUACCCACCUAAUGUAUGGCAAUCUUUUUAGCACCACAUUUCAAACAGUUCUAUUCUCUUAUUAACUGAACAUUUAAUCGUCCACGUUUCGCUUCAGUUCAAUGCUACACUCCAGACAAAUACCUUCAGAAAAAAGCCUAAAAUAUUUAUUAUUAUCCUUAACAAAUUUCUGUUUUUCACAAAUGAUUAUUUUUUCAGCUGCCAGUUCGCAUUUUAUGAUCUCCCUACUUCGGCCAUCAUCAUUUAUUUUACUACUCAAGCAGCGAAACGCAUCUACUACAGCCAGUGACUUACUUUCUAAUCUACUUCCCCCUGCUUGCCGGAUUCCGUUCCCUGAACUUUAUGUCUCUAUCCAAGUUUCUCCUUAAUUUUCUUUACUGCCACAAUGUCCAGACUGAAUUCCGUCUGAUAGGUGACAGCCGUCCUAAACUACCACUUUCCCUUUGUGCCUUUCAAGCUUUGCAACUCCAGUCAAUUCUCUGUACAAGCUCUAGAACUCACUACUUGCAUUCUUUUCCUCCUACCUUCACAGUUUCCCAAACCCAAACGGAUCUUUCGCAAAGUCGACCUCUACCAAUUUUUUGAUUCUACUGCAAAUUGUUCGUGCCAGCAUUUUGUAACCAUUUUAUUAUACAGAUGGCUCUCUAAUAUUCACACCUCACAGCACCUACCUUCUCUGAAACAGAAAUAAUCACUGUCUUCUUGUUUUCUCACCCCUCACCUUUCUGCUUUGUAUUUGUAUUGAACUGAAAAAUCUCUAUAAGUAACAACCAGAGAGUACGGCUCCCCUAUACAAAAAUACUUUGAAGUAACUUUGAUCACCGUCUGAAAUUUUGUCAGCUGUUCGGGUUCAUCCAGAUUCGUAAUACGCGUGCUCUUCUACAAGGACAAGGUCUACGGGACCUCCACUACUAUACAUUCUAGUUGUAAAGCAAACGCAAGUGUGAAAAUUAAAAUGUUAAUUUAUGUGACUUGUGAUUUAUGCCUUUUUGGCUACUCAUCUAUUUUUCCAUCGUAUGGAUUGCACGCAAUCCUCAUUGCGUAUUCAAUGACUGGAUAACCGUUAAUGACAAUUUUGGAAAAGGAGCAUCACAAAGGUGGG